AUGGAGGAGACAUUCAGCUUCAGAAGAAGCCUGGCUGUUGAAAAUCAGUACUGAUUUCUUCACGUUUUGCAAACUGCUGUAUUUCCAGGUCUUCUGGGACAUCUGAGGAGAGCCAUCACCAUGAUCCCUGCACUGCUCUUGCUGGGCCUUAUGGCCCUUGUUGCUCCCUCCAUGAGUUACAGUUGCUAUGGCGAUAUAAGGGCUCUUCAGCCCCCCACGAUCUCCUGUACAGCCGUAAGAGCCCCAGACUGUGGGCUUGCCAUGGUACAGAGGACUGCUGAGGCAGACAUCAUACGCCUGAGGAAAUAUGAGGUGCCAAUUAAGAGAGUGGCCAGAAACCUCUGCUUGGACCCGGCGCUCAUCGCUGCCAUCAUCUCGCAGGAGAGCCGCGCUGGCCUGCUCCUGGAAAACGGCUGGGACCAGGGCCGGCAGAAGUACGGCUUGAUGCAGAUCGGCAGGCAGCAACACCAACCUUUUGGAAUGUGGGACAGUGAAGAACACAUAAACCAGUGCUCAACUAUCCUGGUUCUUGCAAUUAAUGAAGUACGGGCAAGAAAUCCUAGCUGGACCUGGGACCAGCAGCUGAGAGGGGGAAUCUGCAACUACCGUGUAAAAAUGGGCAACUUCCAGGUCUACGAGCAAGACCCAUGCGACAGAGACAACUACUACGUCAACAGCGUGAUUAGGCGAGCCCAGUACUUUAAGACACAUGGGUUCUAGGUCACAAACCCACCCCGCCACCGAGCCUCUCCUCUACUUAGACUAGCCCAGUAGUGAUCGUAGUACCCAGAGCAGUUUCCUCACGCCUCCUGGUAGGACCGAUGCUGGUGGCAACAGCAAAGACACCUUGCUCACGCUGGCAAACCCCAGCUCCACGCUCGCCCAUGUGCAAGCUCAGCACUGCCUUCCAGGGGACCUGCAGGGACAAGAAACCAUGAGCCUUUGAAAGGCAAUCAGGGACAGACCAGUGAUGUUUAAAUGCUGGGUGAGGAAGGUGCCUCCUCUCAUUCAGAGCAGAACAUGGGGCUGUUUGUGUGUCCCCCAGGUGCGGGCAUGCAAGCAGCCCUCCGUGGGCACUGGUUGUGCUCUUCCCAUCUCUUCUGUCCACCUCCUUGCCUCUCCCUGGCCAACAAGGGGGAGAGGCCCCCAAAUUGGAAUCAUCCUCCCCCUUGACUGUGCUAGCUAGUGAGCAAUGAAAAGGCUUCUUGACGAGCUUCUGCUCUCUUCAUGUUUCCCCACUAGCUACAUGUUCCUGUGGCCAGCCCUGUGGGGGGCAACACUAAACACGCUUCUGCUAGUUUCCCGAGCCCUGGAGCCUACAGCCGUGGUGGGACUGGAGACCUCUUCAGGGUGAAAAGCAACCUCACAGAGGGCAAGCCAUCUAGAUGAUAAGUACUGCAAGUGCCACAGCAGGCAUGAGAAACAUCUUUCCACUAGAGAGCAGCCCUCCCUGCAGGAGCCAGCCCCGUGUGUACCCGCCCCAGGAGUUGUAUCAUAACAAUAGCGUUAGUUAAAAGAAAAAAAAAACAAAAACCAAAACGCACAAGCUUUUCUGCUUUAGCUUUGGCACCUUUAUGCUGGGUCUCUUCCAAAUUUAAAAAGCAUCUCAGCAUCUGUCCCUCUGCCAGGAAUCCCAACUUCUAAUUAGGAGUGAAUUAGCUCUGGGUUUAUAAGCUCUGUUUGAAAGUGUUCUUCAAUGCGGAUGGGUCUGGGUGCAAAUUUAGGUUUACUGAGAAUAAUACUGAGAAUAAGAGAGGAAAUAAAGAUAACUGUUGAAUCCAA